AGCUGUCCCCAAACCCGCCUCUUGGGGCCCGGCGGAGAGCGGGUGCGGGCGGGGGGGAGGAGCUCUGGCGGGGGCGGAGCCUCGCUGCGCUUCCGGCGGGCGGUGCGGGGGCCGCGUGGAGCCCCGCCCCGGCGCCCCGCGCUCGGCCCACUCGGCUCCGGGCCGAACCCGGCGCCGGGAAACCGGAAGCGCCUGGCGGCCGGCGCGGGAUGGCUGGGCCCGGCUGGGGUCCCCCACGGCUGGACGGCUUCAUCCUAACCGAGCGCCUGGGCAGUGGCACGUACGCCACCGUGUAUAAGGCCUACGCCAAGAAGGACACUCGCGAGGUGGUAGCCAUAAAGUGUGUGGCCAAGAGAAGUCUGAACAAGGCAUCGGUGGAAAACCUCCUCACUGAGAUUGAGAUCCUCAAGGACAUUCGGCACCCCCACAUCGUGCAGCUGAAAGACUUCCAGUGGGACAGUGACAAUAUCUACCUCAUCAUGGAGUUCUGCGCAGGAGGUGACCUGUCCCGCUUCAUCCAUACCCGCAGGAUUCUGCCUGAGAAGGUGGCUCGUGUCUUCAUGCAGCAGCUGGCUAGUGCCCUGCAGUUCCUGCAUGAACGAAACAUCUCUCACCUGGAUCUGAAACCACAGAACAUUCUGCUGAGCUCUGUGGAGAAGCCCCACCUGAAACUAGCAGACUUUGGCUUUGCACAGCACAUGUCUCCAUGGGAUGAGAAGCAUGUGCUUCGUGGCUCCCCGCUCUAUAUGGCCCCUGAGAUGGUGUGUCAGCGGCAGUAUGAUGCCCGUGUGGACCUCUGGUCUGUGGGGGUCAUCCUAUAUGAAGCCCUCUUUGGGCAGCCCCCGUUUGCCUCCAGGUCAUUCUCGGAGCUGGAAGACAAGAUCCGUAGCAACCGGGUUAUUGAGCUCCCCCUUCGGCCUCCACUCUCCCGAGACUGCCGGGAUCUGCUGCAGCGGCUCCUGGAGCGGGACCCUGGCCGUCGAAUCUCUUUCCAGGACUUCUUUGCCCACCCCUGGGUGGACCUGGAGCAUAUGCCCAGUGGGGAGAGCCUGGCACGAGCAACAGCCCUGGUGGUGCAGGCUGUGAAGAAGGACCAAGAGGGGGACGCCACAGCUGCCUUGUCGCUCUAUUGCAAGGCUCUAGACUUCUUUGUGCCAGCUCUGCACUAUGAAGUGGAUGCUCAGCGGAAGGAGGCAAUUAAGGCAAAGGUGGGGCAGUACGUGUCCCGGGCUGAAGAACUCAAGGCCAUCGUGUCUUCCUCCAGUCAGGCUCUGCUGAGGCAGGGGACCACUACUCGAGACCUGCUCAGAGAGAUGGCCCGGGACAAGCCACGCCUCCUAGCUGCCCUGGAAGUGGCCUCAGCUGCCAUGGCCAAGGAGGAGGAAGCUGGCGGAGAGCAGGAUGCCCUGGAUCUGUACCAGCACAGCCUGGGGGAGCUGCUGCUGCUGCUGGCAGCGGAGCCCCCAGGCCGGAGGCGAGAGCUGCUUCACACUGAGGUUCAAAACCUCAUGGCUCGAGCUGAAUACCUGAAGGAGCAGGUCAAGAUGAGGACGUCUCGCUGGGAAGCAGAGACCCUGGACAAAGAGGGGCUGUUGGAGUCAGUUCGUAGCUCAUGCACUCUGCAGUGACCCUAGAAGGAUGACUGGAUGAGCAGCACAUCUGGAGUAAAGGGCACACUAAUCCAGAUGGAUGCUCAGAAUGAGGUGGCCCUGUACAUUCCUGAGGAGCUUCGUAGAUGGACACCUCUGAAACCCCACAUCCUAGAGUCCCCAGCCUCCCUUGGGAUGUUCCCCACUCCCAGAGGAUCUGGCAUCCUGUGUGUUGUGUGCUGGGACCACCGGGGCCCAACUGGGAGGAGAGUUUCUCCCAUGAGGCCUUUGUUACUGGUGACUGCUGGGUCUGAGCCUGUCCAUCUAGGGUAUCAAGCCACCUAUGGUUUGCUCCAAGAAGAUGACAGGGGGCCCUCUGCAGAGCACUUCUGCUUUCUCCCUGCCAAGGGAAGCUCCUGCCUGUGCCCUAGACUUGCUCUUCCUUGGAGCCUUUAUUCUAACUCACCUCCCUCCUUGUACUGGAAUGGGGUGCUCCAUGACCCCUCAGGGACCACACAACCCCACAGUACACACUCAGCCUCACAGAACUUUUCAGACUUCCUGGGAGCUCACACCUGCACCAUCUCAGUACUUAGAUAGUCCUUCAAGCAUGAAAGUAGUCUCCUUUGAGAACCCCAUACCUGUUCCUGCCCUGACACAGGAUCCUCAAUCCUCGUCCCUCCAGUCCUCUUCAGGGAGCACCACAGUAGCCAUGGAGCAGGCCCUGUGCUGGAGUUUGGGCCUGGGUCUCCCCACCCUGCAGUGGGGGCCACUGAUACCUCCACAGCCCACAGCAUGGGCUCUUAUGAGGGCAGAACUUACCCUGGAGAAGAAUGUACACACCUCGAGUUACUUCAUGGUUUCUUUUUAAAGUCGGAGAAGGUCGUGGUGACUUCUAACCCUUCUGUCCUUAACUGCCUCCUUAGGGCAAGAGUUGUCUGUCCUCCCUACAGGAG